AUGGAAGAAGGCUGCAUCAUGAUAACGCACGAGAAGAAAUACUACAUACGAUGCGAGACCUUCGUUAAGCGGAACCUCGUCUCGAAUGAAUACCUCACGAACUUCAAGGGCGAGACCGUCGUCCCCCGGCUCGUCAUGGAGAGGCUCAAGAACGAAGUGGCCGCGCUCCGCUAUGUAAGAGAGAACACCAAUAUCCCGGUGCCUGCCGUGCGCUGCGCCUUCGAGGUGGCGAUGGCAAGACUGUCAGAAGAGCAGAAGCAGGUAGUCAUGCCCGAACUGGAAGAGUAUGUGGAGAGCUUGCAUAAGAUCACGUCGAGGCAGAUGGGCGGGAUCGGGGGCGUGACGUGCCUGCCCUACCGUGUCGAUGCGGCCCUCAAACCCCACGCGAGCGUCCAGUUCGAAAGAGCUGAUACACCGGAGUUCGUUCUGUGCCAUAACGCCCUUUCGCAGCAUAACGUUCUGGUGAACGAGAAGACGCUCAAGAUUACCGGUAUUAUAGACUGGGAGUACGCGGGAUUCUACCCGCCCGAGUUCGAGGGGAAGUUCUACAAGCGUCCGAGCCCGUCUGCGGCGUUGGAAGGGGAGGUGGAUGAUGUCCCGAUGCUGCUCGGGCUUGUCGACGAAGUGGCGGAAGAAAUAGUACCUGGUGCGCCACACGGACAUAUAUAUUCCGUCUAUUAA